UUUGUGAACUGAAAUAUCAAUAUUAUAUUUAUUUUCAUUAACUACACAAAAGUAUUGAGUUUUAUUUACGUGUCAUGGAUUCGCUAGACCCGUUGUCCCAAGAUGUGUUGUCUGCCUUUGGCACAGGGGGAUUAUCAUUCUCCCAACUUUUCCCUAACGAAGGAAGUCAAAGGUUGAUGAGCGAUUCUGAUGUCGCAGAUGAUCACUCUGUUUCAAUUAGAAGUUUGGAACGGAACGGCCGUCUUCAUGAAACGAAAAACUUGCUUCUUCAUGCAGCGAAGGAUAGUGGACCCCGGCCUACAUCGGUGGAGCCUGCAGUAUCCGAGUAUAAUAGUUCCUUGAAGUUUGAAAUGCUAGCAGGCACCAAAGCCCAAGAACAAAAUGGGCAGAAGUGGGUUUGCUCAAUUUCACUGUCCAAAAUUUUUGUUGAGAUAAAUCACACAGUGUCUCCACAAUUUUCAUGGCAGCCAACAUCAGCUACAAAUAUGCCGUGUAUGUUAUUUAUCCGUGCCACACCUAUUUACACCUCCCCGGACUUCACAAAAGUACCUGUGAAAAGAUGUCCAACUCACAGUGUACCAAAUCAUCCUCUCAAUUCAGGUCUAGAUGAAGAAAUGAUUGAGCAUGUUCUGCGAUGCCCACGAGAUGAUGCCAUUUAUGAAAAAGAUCCUGUCAGUGGCCGAUGUAGCGUGAAAAUACCGAUUCAAGUCAACGAUCCUGACUUUUAUAAUAUGGUCGCAGGGCAAGGGGAAACUCAGAUUGACUACAAAUUUGUCUGUCAAACCAGUUGCGCAAAGGGUAUGGAGAGGAGAGCCAUUCACGUGAUUUUUACCUUAGAAAAUGGACAAGGAGAUGUGUAUGGAAGACGAACAUGGGGAUUCAAAAUUUGUGCAUGCAUAAAACGAGAUAUGAGACGGGAGGAGCUUGACGCCAAAGAGUGCUCCAGCUCUCAAGACUCCGGUAAAACAAAGCUUCUUAAGAAAGAGGAGCAAAUGAGGCUUGAGUCUCCUGAAGAAGCGAUUGAUAGAUGUUUCUUUGACCUCCUGAACUAUCUUCCGGCACCACGGCUCGUAGAAGUAAGGAGGUUACUAGCUGGUCGUUUUCAUAAGUGGGAAACUAACGACGAUGAAAAAGUUAGAGCUCUCUACAAAAAACUCCUGAAGAAA